AUUAAAUAAAAUAAAUAAAUAAAUGAUGAGGAUUCAAUGAAAAUUGAACAUUUCAUGAAAUAGGAUAAAUAAUCAUUUUUUAAAUAAAUUUAAUCUCAAUGAACUAUUAUGAAAAUUGAGAUUUAUAGGGUUUAAAGUAGUAAAAUUAAAUUUUAAAGGAUUAAAUUAUUGCGUAUAUUUUUUAAAAAUUGGCCUUUAAAACGUGCAAUCUAAUGACUACAUUCAAUUGUAUAAAUUUUAGGCCCAAUACGGUUGUCUGUAGUUAAAAGUGGAAUAAAUCUCUUCCGCCUAUGGUAGAGAAAAGAUGCUACGAUGCAGUGAAUGACAAGGUUGUUCUCAUUUCUGGGAUGCAAUGGGGAGAUGAAGGAAAGGGAAAGCUCGUUUCUCUUCUUUCGAAGGAUUUUGACCUUGUUGCCAGAUAUAACGGAGGACAUAAUUCUGGCCAUGAAUUGUUCCUGGAUGGAGUAAAGUAUAAAUUACACUUACUUCCAUGCGGCUGUUUGUAUCCAAAUACUGUAAAUGUACUGGGAAAUGGAGUUGUUGUACAUUUAGAAAGUCUGAUAAAUGAAAUUGACAAUUUAACUAAGUUAGGUGUCGAUUUAACUAACAGGUUAUUCAUCUCUGAAAGAGCCCAUUUAGUCUUCGAUUUACACAUAGCUGUUGAUGCACAACUAGAAAAUGAACAAGGAGAGCACUCCACAAGCAUUGGAACCACUAAACGUGGUAUCGGUCCUACAAACUCAACCAAAUGUAAAAGAACGGGCAUUCAAAUAGGAGAAAUGUUAAAUUGGGAUAAUUUCGAGAAGUUGUUGUCAAAGUUAACCUACAAACUGUGUCAUGAGAAUAAAGUCUUCACUAACUCAGACACCAGAGAUUUACUAAAUAAACAACUUGAGCAACAUAAAGUCAAUUUUUCCAAAAUAGCAGAUUCUGUCGUUGAUACCUCAUACAUGAUUCAAAAAUACAUAAAAGAAGGUAAAAAGGUUUUUUUUGAAGGAGCAAACGGUUCAUUGUUAGACCUGGCUCUAGGAACUUAUCCAUAUGUAACGUCUAGUAACACAACAACAAGUGGUGUUUACAAUGGACUAGGAAUCAACCCUAAUGUUAAGAUUUUGAAGGUUGGAGUUUUAAAAGCCUACCAAACUAGAGUAGGAAAAGGCCCUUUCCCAACCGAACUUUUUGAUGAAAACUUUAAUAAGUUACAAAAAUUCGGGGCUGAGUUUGGGGUCACAACUGGUAGAGUUCGACGCUGUGGCUGGCUUGACCUCGUUGCCGCCAAGUACGUGCAGAAUUUCUCUGGGUUUGAUCUCAUAAAUCUCUCUAAACUGGACAUACUAUCUCAAUUUGACGAAAUUAAACUUUGCACCCACUAUAAACACAAACUUACCGGAAAAUUAUUGGAAGAGGGGCGUUAUCCCAGCUGUUGUUACCAAUAUGACGAGUACGAGCCAGUAUACAAGACAAUGCCUGGCUGGAAAACAGACAUUUCAAAAUUUAAAACCUUCGAGGAAUUGCCACAAAACGCACAAAAUUAUGUACUUUUUAUUGAGGAAUACCUGGGAGUAUUCAUUUACUGGAUCGGAACUGGUAGAGAUGUCAAUAGCAUGAUUGUCAGGACCUAAUAACCACCAUUUUAAUAUUUUCAAAAAUUGUAAACGUCUUUACUAAAUAAAAGUGUAAAAAUUUGUUAAUUAG